GCCGCGACGUCGCAGACACGUACGGCAGGAUCCCCGCAAACUGCCCCGUCGAGCACGCCACUCAUGUCGCGCUCGCCCACGCGCCAGACACCGGCCCCGUCCUCCUGCGCCUCACCCACGGCCGGCGCGUCCUCGAAGUAGUAUGUCUCCACUCCGACAUGCCUCCGUUCCGAUUCGACUUCCCUUCCCCCAUUCUGCCCUACCCUGCGGUCACACGCGCGUUCGGUUGCAUUUUUCUCGUGGCCGUGACAGCCUCAGCGUCCCUCUACCACAUCGCCCUCCCGGUCCGUGACCGCAACCCGUCAUGGCAACCCCAGGACACAAACCUGUGGUGUCGCGAGUAUGAGAUCCAGGGCAUGCCCCGGGACACCGACGCCCUCGUCCAUGUGCAUGACAUCCACUUUGCUGUUAUCGCCCUGCCAGACGGAUCUUUGCUUCGUGUCGACAGUAAUCUGAUUGGGCAGUUCCCCUCAACUGCAGAUCACUGGACUGAAACGAGACUGGGUGCCCGCACCCUCUCCGGGCUCUCCUACUUGCUCUCGAGCAAGGGCAUCGGAAGCUCAGAAAGCAGCCAGGUCGUAGCCAUGACGUCCUUCCCUCCUCCCACCGACGUCGGGGACCUCUACGCACUCUCACGGGACAGGACGUUCCGUUCCUUUACCCCCUCGGGCGCGGUGUCCUAUUCAACAACGUUGCCGGCGGUUCCCCCUGGCAAACUCGUCACGCUCGAUCCAGGAUCGACCCAGGCCUCGACUAAGCCUUCUGUAUUACUUCCGCCCGACCCUCAAAAGCUGAUCCGCGCGUUUCCCGGACCCACCACCAACACGCUCUGCGUUCUAGUCUUCAUUCCGACGGAGUCUUCUUCCACAUCUGGUGGAUUCUUCCACCUCUUUUCUAGCGCUGGUACUGCCCUGCGGCCCUUGGUAACCUUUGAGGCCCCGAAAACCACGGGGCACGCCCAUCUCGCAGAUUUCAUCGUGCAAGAUGCGACCCUCUAUACGUUGUGGGACAAAGAAGGCCAGUCGAUGGUCCAAGAGAUCGAGCUCGCCUUCGAUGAAUCAAGCAUGGCCGAACAGCAAUGGCAAACCGCGUAUUACCCCUCCGAGAUAGAACUCGCGCCGGCCUAUCUCGAUGAAUUGCUCCUGGCCGCCGGGUCCCUGACCGACAAGUUCUUCGAAGCCAUCAUGCGACCCGGGAUGUUCUCGCCACUAACGUUACAGAUCGCCAUCGACCAGUACACCGACUCGUGCCGUUCAUUACCGGGACCAGCUCCUCCCCAGCUGCUGGCUGCGUACACGAACGUGGCGGAGCAGAUUGCCGCAGUGGUCGGCUGCACGGUCAGACUAACACGAGAUCCUCAUACUGGGGCUGCGCAGCACACGAAGUAUUGGAACGCCCUGAAGCGGGACUGGGAAGGCUUCAUAGCACGGUGCCGCGAGGUCGAGAGGAGCGCACGUUGGCCGCUCGCCAUUGGGCUGGGCGGCGAGAAGGACGGCGUGCUCGUAAUCGAACGGGAACGCGUGGCUACCCUUGUCCCAGGCGACUUCGCGUUGCAGCUGCACAAGGACCUCGAACGGGAGUCCGAAAUUAACAGCCAGUACGAGCUCCUCGAUCUCAUUUGGAAAUUGCGGGAGAAGCUGGGCCCUCGUACGAUGCGCAAGCUGGAGGACCAGCUCGUUAUGAUGCUCCAGCAGGAGCUCUCGUUCGCGUUCGCUGAUGUGGUGAGCGACUCCGCCGCGAGGAUGCAUUACCGUGAUUACGUGGACGAAGGCCUGGAGAGCUGGGUGACGAUGCGUCUGUCGGCUAUUCGCAAUGUCGACGCGGGGAUCCGUGCGAUCAUGGACUCGAUUGGGGGCUACGACCAGACGAUCGUGAAGCCCGAGCAGACAGAACCUGACCUGGCCGAAUCCAGACCUCCUGUCCCAGCGGUGUCGGCGUGGCGAAGGGCAUCCAUCGCGUCCUACGUUACGGCUAGCGUCGAGGCCAGGUAUGAAUUGGCUCUAUCGCUCGCCGGGCUGCUCUACUACCUUGCGGACGACCUGCACACCUGGGAUCCGACCUUGCUCGGCGAAAUACUGGUCGUGUUCAGAGGCGCAGCGAUGUUACGUUAUAUCACGCGACAACCCGCAGGCGACAUCGUCUCUCCGUCCCUUCUAGCGGACGGAGCGGGCAAUGAUGACGAUGUGGUGUUGAGAAUGCGCAAUAUGCAUGUCUCUGCACGCCGCUAUGGCUUCAAGCCGACGUUCUCGCUCGUACACAGAUUACUCGCGCAGGACAGCAGCCCGGUCUACGAGCUGCCCCAGGCGGCCCAUGUGUUCCUCGACGCUACGGGCCUACUUCAGUCCGUCAUCCCGUCUCACGCGACCAAGUUGGAGGUUCAAGUCUGUGAGACAUUGCGGCUCCUUGGGUAUCAUGAAGUUGCCCGAGAAAUGCUAUCUUGGCUCCCGAGGACUCCUGGCGUCACCUACGUACAGGGACGUCUGUGGCUGGAAGAAGGCCGCCUCGAUGACGCUGCGACUGUCAUGGAGUGCUUGGCGGGUAGCUUCGGAUCUAGAGGCGCGCUAUCGGACGAAGAUUCGGAGGCGCUGGCUGCCGUCCUACCCGGCGCGGAGCUCUUUGGGACUGAGUUCGAUUGCUACCUCCACACCGCCGGGCUUUUCAAAACAGCGUCGGAUACCCUGCACGAAGUCUCCUUCACGCAGCUCGCGAUCUCAGCCGCGCCGCCUGGAACAGACACCGCGUCCUUAUGGCACGGAGUCAUUCGGGGCCUCACGGACUUGGGGCUCUACGAGGAUGCGUACGCCUCGCUUGUCUCCACACCGUAUGAGAAGCUAAAACGGGAGUGCAUCAGUCAGCUCAUUUAUCGGAUGUGUGAAGAGGAUGCUGUGAAGCGGCUCAUGUCGUUCAAUUUCGCUGGUCUGGCGGACGAGGUGGAGGAUGCGCUGGCCUUCAAGGUCCGGAAUGCCGACCCGCGGAUCCGACCAUUCUAUUCCCGCAUCCUCUAUACGUGGUACAUCUCCAGAGGCGACUAUCGUAACGCCGCACUCACUAUGUACCAGCGGGCUCGGAAGCUAGGCGCUCUGAUCGGCGACCUGUCAGACUUCGUUAGCCUCACUGAGCUGCAGCUUGAAGCUUAUGUUGUCGGCAUGAAUGCUCUCGCCCUAAUCGAUCAGAAGAACGCCUGGAUAGUCCUUCCUGUGACGGGAGAAACCGAACAUGAGCCGCGCAAGCGACGUAAGCUAUCGAGGAAUGUACCAGAGAACCGCUACUCUGCGGGCAAACGAGACGCUGAGAUCGUGCACCUGUCGGAUAUGCAGUACGAGUACACUCUUCUGUCCGCUCGUCUGGAGUUGAUCGGGAGGGACCCCACGUUGUUGUCUGCCGGAGGAUUGACACUGUCUCCGCCGUCCAUUAUCAUGAGACUGGCCCAGAACAAUCUUUUCAGCGUAGCGAUGGCUACUGCUCGCUGCCUCAAGGAGGACAUGACUGACCUAUUCGGACACCUGACUCGACAGUGUCUGCGGCUCGCCCGCAAUCCAGAUGCUGUAGUUGCAGAGGACACUUCUGACUGGCUCCUGACCGAUAAAGUUUCCUCGUGGCCAGGUACACCCACGGAUCGGGGCUGGAGAUUUCUUAGGCAGGCGUUGGAGCGUCAUGAUGGAUCAGAGACAGACUUCAGGUACAGUAAGGUGACUCUUGAGACUAUCCUGGAGUACGAUAGGGCAUCGCCACCGCCGCCGUGGCUGGUCCACACGCUCGAGACGCAGCACCCUGAGUACUUAAUCAGGACAUGUCUACGGUAUGACAACCUCGACUCAGCCCUCGAUCAUGUUCUGGCUCUCAUGCGAAGGAGCGACGCGCGGCUCGCCCAGGAACUGCCGAAGACAUCUGCCGCAACAUGGCUGCCGUAUACCCUCAUUGACCAGGUUCUGCUCGCUGCCGACUCCCAAGAAGACCUGUCCUCUCGUGGGAAAGUCCUGCAGAAGGAGCUGCGCAGCGAGAUAACCAGUCGAAUCAAGCGAGUUCAAAAGUUCUCGCAGGCUGCAAGAUGAUCGGUAGAAGGGCGAAUGCCGUUGAGGACAGUACAUCGAAUAGCAUUUCCUCGGUGCUGCAGCGGAACGUGUACAGGCUUCCCCUUCCUCAAAACCCACGCUAUUGUAGCAGUAACAUACGACGAUCUUGUAUUUUUCUCUCUCACUUCUCAGUGCUGUGAAUCAAUGCUGUCAUGGCGUCGCUGCAUCACCCGUGUCUGGAGACGGUUCAGAGGUGGGAGAGCGGUCACACUGCGACCGGCCGAGAGGCGACUGGGCAAAGCACGUGCCGUGACGGGACGCGUCGGUCCCCGUGGGAAUCAGUCGACGGCCGGAAUACGGUGGGCUUCGGA